AGCAAGACCAGCGGUGCCGCAGUUUGCGGCGAAUAUAAUCAAUCAGGGCGUGAACAACGAAAUAUUCCUUGAGAAUCAGCAAGAAUGACUUGAGCAUAUGUUCGGUCCGACUGACCGGCAACUUCGGCAGAUGAGUCUGACAACGUUGGACGAUUGAACGAGAAAUUCCAGUCAUACAAAUAAGGAACCGCCUGCUUGGGAGAGAGCUAUAAGCAGAAGUGCUUCACAUGGCCUAAACCCGGAAUGACGGCGAUUUGGAGACUCCCCGGUCAUCUGAGGUCAGAUUUAUUGCAGCAGAAUGAUCAUCCUCGCAUUCCAGGACUUGCGGCAGGGUGCCGAUCGUUCUCACUUCAUGGCGUGGUGCAUGACGGUGAACAAGCAGUCGUACGGCCAUGUCUGGAUGAAAACGACAGUCUGGUACUCAGCUCUGCUUGUCCUGUCUUCUUGACUUGCUGUUGAUGGCCUGUCUUUAUCCACAACCCAGUGAUGCAGUGGUAGCUUGUCAACUCUGGACAUGAGGUUUUGACCUGAAAUCCGUCCAAGAAGCUGCUUCUAGGGCUGUGAGUGAAACUACUACGCGAUUUUGCAACACGGGACUACGGUCAUUCAAGCCAUCCCCAAGUCAUGCUAAAAAUCCUGCAACAUUUAGACAGGUCAAUCCCUCAGCCAAAUAUGACGGCACACUGUCCAAGGAGAAGUCCCUUCAUGAGGUAAGUCUCUAAGAGUCUAAGCUUCGUGUCAGCAUAGGUAAGAACGAUUUCCCUGAAGCGGGCGAGUGCGCCUCCAAAACAUGAUUCGUCAGGCGGUCAGCAUAUACCGCACUUGCCGAAUUUGUGUCGUGUCAGCAUAGAUCAUGGACGAGCAUAUUACAUGAGGUAUCGACCAUGUUAUAGGCGUAACUCGACUUUCCGCGAAGAUGCUCUGUACUCAUAUCACGCUGCAGACAUGCCAUUCUCAACAGUUGCUCUCUACUCUGUCCCUUUCGGUGCUCUGGUCUUUGUGUUAUUUAGGUAUCUAAAGAUACCAUCCAUUCCAGGACCAUUCCUCGCGUCAAUCACAGACCUGUGGAGGGCAUAUCAGGUUGAAUAUGCCAGCUUCCACGAAAACAUCGGUCAUGUACACGCCAAAUAUGGGCCGAUUGUCCGGGUCGGUCCCAACACAGUGUACACCUCCGACCCAUUGGCUGUGAGCACAAUCUACUCGACGCACGGAGACUUCAAGAAGGCGGACUCUUACCAUGCCCUAAGGACUCUCGUUAACAAGAAGAUAAUCGGCAGUGUCAUUGACAUGCAGGACGAGUCUGAGAACGCCGCGCUGAAACGUGCUGUUGGACACGCAUUUGCAACCAAGAACCUUCUCGACUACGAACCAGACGUGGACUAUACCGCCGACAUGCUGGUCCAGACUCUUCGCCAGGUACGAAGCGCCGAUGUCUUCACCAGUAUGCAGCAAUUCCAGGUUGACUUCUUGAUGAAAGCUGCAUUCAACAGGGACACAAACUACCUCGCAGCUAGGAAAUCCACAAGGGACAUCUCAGGCGAGCAACGUCUGCACCAUUGGACUAAAUGGCAAGCCUUGCCGUCCCUGGAAAAGCUGUUGUACAAAUCUCCCUUCUGCCUCGCAUGGUAUCAAAGCUCUGGAAGCCCGCCUGUCUGGACCACAAUGGCCAAAGAAGAACUAGCUGCCCGUCAAGCACAGGGACCCGGAAAGAUGGUCAAAAACGGCGCAAAGCCGGACCUUUUAUCGAAAUACAUUGACGGAGCCACCCGCCACAAGGACAUAUCGACGGAGCUCUUGAUGCGAAUGAUAUCUUCAACGAUUUCGGCCGGCUUCGACACCUCAGCAUUCACCAUGAGCACAAUCAUUUACUUCCUCCUGAAGAACCCAGGUGCAAUGAAGAAGCUUCGGGCGGAACUUGAUGCGGCAGUAAGUGCGGGCGAGCUUUCGAAUCCACCCAGAUAUAUCGAGGCCGAUAGGAUCAAGUACCUCGGCGCUGUCAUCAAAGAAUCCAUGCGCCUCUACCACUUCCUCUCACAGCCAUUGGAACGGGUCGUCCCUGCAGGAGGCGCACAAAUAUCUGGCCACUGGCUGCCGGGCGGGACUACAGUCGCUGUGCCGGUGCCUGUUGUGCAUCGGGAUGUCAAAGUGUUCGGACAGGAUGCCGACGACUUCCGGCCAGACCGGUGGCUGGAAACCGACGAACAUCAGCGCAUCGCCAUGGAGAGGACGAUGCUGGCUUUUGGUGCAGGAAAACGAGUCUGUCUCGGUAGACAUAUUGCGGAAUUGGAGAUGAAGAAAGUCAUUCCCAGAUUAUUGUUAGAAUUUGACAUGACUCUCGACGAUCCGGGUUACCUCCUCGAACCAAAAGACAACUAUAGCCGGUUCAUGAAGCCGUUCUCGGUGACUUUCAGUGACAAAACUUGA